GCGUAGUUAUUGUUUCACUGAGCACUCCCUCCACGGCACGACGAAAUCACCCCUUAUUAGCGUGGCCAUUUGGGAGAGUAUAUAUUGCAAAAAUGGGCAUUAAUCUCGAAGUUUUCAAGUUCGGCAUGUAUCUCAUGUUCCCCAUUGGGAUCAUGUUUUACUUUGGGACGAACUUAGACGACAGGUUCUCCGUGCAAGGGUUCUGGCCCAAGGCGGAGCACUCACACAAGAUCCCGUUCGACCGCGACGAAAUGAAAGCCGAAUAUGCCCGCUUGCUACGGCGCCAACGCGAGUUUGAACGACUGAAGGCGGGUCGAGAGGGGCAGCAGAAUCAGCAGCAGGACAAUGAAUAGUCGAACUGCGGGCAGAGAGUCCCCGCCCGUUGGUCGACAUGGACAGUUGCGAAGACAAACGAUGCGAAUCGAGCGUGGGGACGACGAUAGGCGUUUUUUUUUUUUUU